CAUUUUUCCAGCCUCAUAUUAAGUUAAAUAAUUGGUGAUUAAGAGUUCACCGCUGCCCGCUAUUAUAAAAAUACUGGAUACUUUUUUUUGACACAUUUAAUUAUUAUCACGAGAAUUUGAUCUUGCCGUAUUAAUUCAUUCUGCUUCUUUCUGGUACCGGGUGGGAACUUGGAAGUAUUGCAUACCGAGUACGUACGUACCAGUAUUGAUACAGAUAUUGAUAUUGAUUCUGAUCUUGAUUCUGAUAUCGAUUCUGAUAUCGAUUCUGAUACUGAUACUGACUGAUACGACCGAUUGCCAUAUCUACUCCCGGAUCUCUACGACGCGCCUCGUUUGAUAAAGUCUAAAGUCUAAAGUCUUCAGCCUCAGCCUCGGGAAAGAUCAUCAACAUCACAUCACAUUUCACAUUCAUCACCUGUUUCUACAUACGCUCACUGUUCGUACGAGAGCCGUAAGAGUCGUAUUGAUAUUGAUAAUUCAACAAUCUUUACAAGAAAGUCUUCAUCUACUUGAAUAAUCUGCACAAGCAAGGGAAAAUGUCUUUUUUCUUUAAUUCCCUUCCAAUCUCGGAAAAUAUGUCCAAUAAUCUGGCUUUGGAAUCACCCACUCUCGGCACUGAUUCAACCUCUCGACAUGACGUACAACAUAUUGCAGGCGCAAAAUCAAAUAUUUAUCUUCCUCCAUCGACACCAUCAGCUUCUGCUACUUCUUCCCUUUAUCUAUUGGAUACGCGAUCAACAACCAGUACGGAUAUGUUAGGUGGAGGUGGUACAAUGGUUGGGAGAAAAAGAAUGAGAGAUACUUUACCAUAUGAAUAUGGAUACGAAAGAGGAAAUCAAUUUGAGGAUGGAGAUUCCAAUUUAAUUCCUCCAGGAAGUCCUAUGCCAUUUGUUAAUACGAAAUAUCGUUUGGCAGGAGGAUUGGAUACUCCCCAGGCCGAUUUACAAAAUAGGGAAAUGGGAAUGGGUAGAGAGAGUGAUUUUGGUGAUACUAAAUAUCGAAGGGAGUUGAGUGAUGUCAAGGAAACUUUUGAGAUGGAAGGAGAAGGUCAAUUAUAUCGGGAUGAAAAUGGUAGACCGAGGAUCAGGGGUCAACCAAAGGAAGAUGAGAAACGUGGUUGGAUUAAACCAAUGGUUAAUGUUGUAGGUGGUGUGGUUGGAAAGAUGUGGGAGUUUUGUAAGAUGGGUGUUGCUUUUAAAGGAUUUCAAGCUGGUGGAGGGAAUGGUUAUGUUUUUGGUUCAUCAACUCCCAUUCCACCAACAACCAUGGAUGAAUCGAAAGAUAAUAUGUGGGAGGAUGAAAAAUCUCCGAGCACACCUGUGCCGGGUGGACUUCCUAUGGGGGGAAUGGUUGAGAAUUAUAUGGAUCAACAUUAUGUUGAACCACAAGAAGAGACUACACCACCGAGACCAGCAAAGAGACGACAAACUAGUUUUACGACUCAAACAGGUCCAGAUGAUAUGUCGAGAAAUUGGGUGGUUGUCCCUCCAUCAGAAUCACCUCAACCGGAAUUUUCAUCCAUUCAACAAUAUCCAAAACUUCCUCCUGUACCAGCAGAUGCAUUUGCAAUUCCACAAUCUCAAGCUACUAGGCCUAGGUUAUCACAACAGAGAAGUGGAAUUGCUAGAUAUAGUAUGCCUGCAUCUACGAAUUCAGGUAGAAGACAUUUAGUCUCUUCUCAAAUAACAUCAAGUAACAUAAGCGCAACUCGAAGAUCCAGUUAUCAAAAUAACCCUCGAACUCUCAACCCUUCACCCACAUUAUCAAGCUUCGGUAAUACAAAUUACUCAACUCCAUCUCGACCAAGUCCUUCUUCUCAUAUUCAUCGCACAGCUUCACCAGCUAGCUCACGUAUUCCUCGCUGGACACCUAAUAGUCCUAAAACAGGACCGACGAUGAUGAAUGAGAGUCCGGCAGCUAGAGAAGCGAAAGCGUGGAAAGCGAAACAGUUAAAGGAGGAUAGGGAACAAGAUGAGAUGAUGAGGAAGUUUGAUAGACAGAUGAAGGAUUUAAUUAGACAGGGUACUAUGGCUUUGAAUACUACGGUGGCGGAUAUGGAUAUUGAUGGGGUGGAUGGGGAUGGGGAUGGAGACGUGGAUGUUUUUUUGGGGGGGAGUUAGGUUGGGAGUGAGGUUGGGCUUGGGGGGAGGUUGGCUUGGGGGUGAGGUUGACUUAAGAUUUGGGGUUAGGUUGGGGUUUGAGCUUAGGUGUGCAGGGUUCGGGAUUAGGAAUUAGGAAUUCGGGGUUAGGAGUUUGGAUUUGAGUGUUUGAGCAUUGUGCGUUUGAGCUUUUGAGCGUUUGAGCGUCGAGGGAGUAUGAGAUAUAGGGAUGGAGAUAGGCUGUAAUGUGAUGUGAUGUGAUGUGAUGAUUUGAUGAUUUAAUACAUACAUAUUUGUAUAUUGGAUAGGAAUACUAGGUAGGUAGGUAUCCUUAAGGUAGGAGGAAAUUAAAUUAAAUGUAAUGCAUUGGAUUGUAAUGUAUUGGAUUGUAUUAUAAUGUAAUAUAUGUAAUGGCUUAGUUAUAGGGAUAUUAGAUGAAUGU